AUGGAUGACGACACUUUGCCCGACGAUAGUAUGACACCGAGACGACGGAAAAUUCGACCUGAACCAUCACAGCUGCAUCCAGAAGACCGAAUUGGAGACGCGGCAACGACAGAAGGCGAGCUAGACGAAGAAGAUGAGAGUGAGCGCCGAGUGCGUCGAAACAAGUCACGUCGUCAGUUGGAACGAACGCACUUUCAAAUGGUUAAUGAGAGAGUCGUAGAGGAUAUCACUGUGGAUUUUUUGUACAAACCACAUACCCUGACAAUUCUUGGAGUGCUCGUGGUCUUUAUCAGUUACAAAGCGUUUACAGGAUUCACUGAAGCUCAGAAUGCUACCGAUCGUAACGUUUACGACGGACUUCUUGGAACCCUUGCGCUUUUCUUGGUAGUUAGUGCUAUGGCAUUCCCAAAUGGACCAUUCAUUCGCCCUCAUCCUGUUUUCUGGAGAAUCGUUUUUGGUGUAUCUGUGGUCUACCUCAUGCUGCUCCAAUUCACACUAUUCCAAACCUACACUGAUGUGAAAAAUGUACUCACGUGGUUGGAUCCAAAAGGAUUGGGACAAGAGGAUUUGGUGGAAAAGGAGUACGCCAUCAAUUGCUCCGAUGUGUCAUUGGAACGAAUUUGGAGUCAUAUGGAUAUUUUCGCCGUUGGACAUUUUACCGGAUGGGCUAUGAAAGCACUCUUGAUCCGGCAUGGAGUCCUCUGCUGGUAUAUCAGUAUUGCUUGGGAGCUUACAGAGAUUGUCUUUACUCAACUCUUACCAAACUUCGCAGAGUGCUGGUGGGACGCGAUCAUUCUAGACGUCCUUAUUUGUAAUGGUCUUGGAAUCUUCGCAGGACUUCAAGUGUGCAAAUGGUUGUCCAUGAGAAACUACCACUGGGAGAGUAUUAAGAAUAUCACGUCGCAUCGUGCUCGCUUCAAGAGAAUGGUCAUGCAGUUCACGCCGGAGAAUAUGGAUGAUUUCGACUGGGGAUCUUUCACUCAAACCAUCAAACGCACCAUGGCGGUCUACGUCUUCGUGCUCAUUUGGCUGCUCACCGAGCUCAACACCUUCUUCAUGAAGCACGUUUUCUCGGUUGACACUAAACAUCCGGUUGUCUUCUGGAGACUCAUCCUCAUCGCCUUCAUCUCUGCUCCAUCCAUCCGCCAAUUCUACCUCUACGCCACCGAUCCACUGAUCAAACGUCUCGGAAUGCAAUGUUGGGUUUAUUUGGCGGUUUGUGCUCUUGAAGCGGCAAUCUGCGUCAAGUUUGGAAUCCAUAUGUUCCCACGCGUCGCCGUCACUCCAAUUGUAGUUUGGAUUCUGUUUUUGAUCGUUGGAACAUUCUUCUGUGUCUGGAUUUCAGUAUGGUGGGCCAAGAAGUCAUCAGCCACUACUGAAAUCACUAUUGACGGAGAGAACUGCGAUAUCUACUUGGACUCUUCGCAUGAGAAUCUUGGAGCGAUUCAUGAUGACGUGCGACGUCGACGCAGAGAUCUGGGAUUCUCCGAAUCUGAUCUUAAUUGA